AUGGCAACAGUCGAGCAGACCCCAGUUCAGCACCGGAUCCCGCGCUCACGCUCCGAACGGCUAGCAGAUCAAGCUGCGACUGCUGCCCUCUAUGUCACCCAUCCAGAGCGUAGCGCCUCGCUCCGCUCGCCGAUAAGGGCAACCGAAAUCGACCCAGCUGUAUUGAGAGCAUCGGGUUCUCAGCCCGGCCUCAGCAAUGCAUCGGCUGCAGCCGCACUGCUUGCGCAUGCACGGAAGCAGGAACAUGGAGCCAGGCAGAUAGUGUCGCCGUCUCAUGAAACCAAUCAUCGCAGAACCUCAUCAUCCAUUAACGAGGGGUACCAGUACCACGCUGCAUUGGCCGCUCUCAGGGAACAAAAAACACCGGAUUCCUAUGGUAACAGGAGGAGGGCCGAGACUGCGCCUUCCGAAGCUGCGCGUGCAGGUGCGACCGCUAGAGUCAGUGCGACAACCGAGAGGGUGGGCGAUCCUUUCGAUGAUCUGGAUAAAUACAUGAACGCAAGCAGGAUAAAGAAUGCUCAUCUCAACCCGAAGCUUUUCACUGCCACGCCGCCUGUCCCCCCGGAAAUAGAAGAACUCCGGAGAAGGAGUAUAUUGGAGGCGGCUUCUAUGUCGAUGGCCAAGGAUAUGUAUGGGACCAUGGAGGCCAGAGGUGGAGGAGCUGCGGGCGUUCGCACUCGACGGUCUGCUUCUGCUUCUAAGCCGCAAUCGGCGACUCUGCAGCAGGCGAGUACGAAUGUUCUCGGGCAGGCGUUGAACUUGCAUGAUGUUGCCCAGAAACGUGCCGCGGAGAGAAUAGCAGGUUUAGAAGAUGAAACGGCUGCUUUUAGAGACUAUUAUGGAAUUGAGCCGCAAGUCCAAAGGUCCAGUCUCACCGUCCGCAAACGCCGUGGAUCCGACGAAACCGAGGAAUUUGAUGCGGAACGGUCGAAGGAAAUUCGAACUCAGAUGACGGCGUUGCGAUCUAAACUUGAUGCAGUUGACGAGAGGAGGGAGAAGGACCGUGCAACCCUGAUGGAGCUCGCGAGGAAGAACGUCGAUGCUGCUAUCCAGGACAUAGACAAACGCAUGUAUGCCGAACCUGGACAGUCUGUCGCGAUGCAGAAAUAUUUGGACGAAAAAGCAACACAGCGCGCGCAGAAGGGCCUCGCAGAUAUGGACAAGCAGACCCUACUGGCUGAUACAGUCAAUAUCGGCGGUAGCAAGUACGUGGAGAUGGGCGAUGUAGAAGAUUUGGCGCGAUCUCGACUUCAGCCUACUUUCGACGAAAUUGACGACAGGGCACAGACCCAGAGAGCUCGAGACUUGGAGGCACGCCUUGACGAGGAGCAGAGACAGCGCCUGGCGCAGCUUGAGCAUGAGCGGGAGGCCGAUAUAAAGGCAGAGGAGGCAAAACACCAAGAGUUUUUAAAGAAGAAGCAGCAUGAGAACAAGCACAAGGCAGAAACGGUCUGGCCGUGGAAGCGAAAAUCGAGACAGCUGCCGCCGCAUGAUGAGUCUGAAGUAGACAAAACCACUACUACAGAACGUCCCACAGAGCACGAAGCCAAUGAAGCCGCUGCUGUACCUUCGGAGGCCACCCGGCGCCAGACUGAAGAAACAACAACUUCAGAAGGCGACAGCGUCUUAAGACGAGAGUCGAAAUUCAGAAACUGGUUUAAGGACAGAAUAGGCCGUCGCUCCAGCGCACCACCUCCAAGGGAGACGAACGGAAUCCAGGAAGAACAGACGGCUCGUGAACCCACAGCGCAAGAUACGGCUGCCGUCACUGGUGUUGGCGCCGUCACUGGUGUCGGAGGCUCCGAGCGUGCUGAACGUGUUGAGCGUGCUGAGGGUUCCGAGGGGGCAGAGGGCCCUGAGAGGGAAGAGGUAGCGGACCGAAGAGGGAAAGUAUAUCAGGCAGACGAAUCCGAAGACGAGUAUGAGUCGGCCGCAGAGCCUGCUACUCAGGCAUCGCGUGCCCCUAAAGAUGGCUCGCGAGCAGCACCAUUGAGGUCGAACCCCGUCACAGCAAAAGACCUCAAACGACCAGCAGAUAUUGAUGGCGCUUCUGACGAUGACCUAAGCAAACUCAACGGAAUGACACCCAGCGAGUACGUGGCUGUUGAACAAGACUCGAAAGACAUAGUCAAGCAAAGCGAGAGCACAAAAGACACACGGUACAGCGCGGGCUCUGACGAUGAAUUUCCCACACCGUCGAAGGAGAGAGAGGUAGCGCGUGAAAGCGCCGCUCAGCACUCCUUGCCUGCACCUCCUACUAUCAGGGAAGUUGGUGGUAGCACCCGUCGAGCGAGUCAUAGCACCUCGGUCCGUGAAUCGCGCUUCUCCGAAGAUUUAUAA